AAUCUAACCAUGACUGAGCUCUCUAGGACUUCUCUGGACCCCGAGGAUACAAAGAGAAUACAUAACGCAUGGAGGUCAAAAGUGCAGAAAUAUUUCCUCCGGGGUCCAUUAUCAUGGAGGAAAACCAACAGACAGGAAACAUAUGAAGUAAGCCAUGUGGAAGAAUCACUUGAGACACUACUUUCACAGAAAUUUGGACGAACAGCAUUCCGGGACUUUCUGAAGUCCGAGUUCUGUGAGGAAAACCUGGACUUUUGGCUCGCGUGUCAGGAGUUCAAAACCUGUGACAGUCCAGACGAGCUGACGAGGAGAGCAGCCAGGAUUAAUGAAGAGUUCAUCAGCGACGAGUCUCCCAGACAGGUAAACAUAGACUUCUACACACGAGAGAUCAUCAGCCAGAAUCUCCAGCAACCAAGUCCGUCGUGUUUUGUCGAGGCACAGAAGAAGAUCUACAGCCUGAUGGAGAAUGGCUCCUUCCCCCGCUUCGUCCAGUCGGAGUCUGAUACAGAUACAAACAGAGAGACCAGACCCAGAGCAGACUCUUCCUCUUACCUAAAAAUGUGUUUAUAA